AUGGACCCUGGCAAGCCUAGGAAACCAGGCAGACCUCCUCCCCGGUUGCGAACGAAAACCGGCUGCUUCAAAUGUAGGGAGCGGCGCAAGAAGUGUGACGAACGGAGGCCCGUCUGUUCAGCCUGCAAGAGACUAGACAUCGACUGUGUCUACCGGAAAUCGUUGACUCCAUCUUCCGCCUCGCCGCAGGUUCAUCGCUCGUCUCCCACGCCUCCCACGCCUCCAUCGUCUCCAUCGUCAGACUCGGUCGUGACCACGCGAAGCGCAGUGACAGAGAUAGCAAUAGCCAGUCCGCGGUUCACGUCUCUCUGGUCCCGACCCGAAGGCAUCAGCACCGAACGCGAUUGGAACAUCUUUCACUAUUGCUCGACCAAGUUCUACCAACUGUUGACCACCCCCGAGGCUACAGCCGAGUUUAGAAACGUGUCAGCCGUCCUCUCUGCUGGCUUCGAUGUACCUUGGGUCAUGCAUGCGGCACUUGCGCCUGCAGCUCUGCAUGCCUCCCACGCCGCUUUGAUCCCCAAGGCAGAUGCCAUGGCCUACACACAGAGCGCAUUGCAAGGGCUUCGGCAAGCAGUGCAAAAUACGAAAAGCCAAGCUGCUUCCAACGAGUCCUUCCUCGUCGCCUCUCUAUUCCUUGGCGUGUUCGAAGAUUUCUAUUCCUCCCCUUCUAGUCAGAGCCUGACUCAUUAUGGAGCCAUUGGGCGCGUCUUAGAAGAACAAGCCGCAGACAUCCCUCGUUUCGAGAUCGACCAGCUCUCCAUCUUCCACCGGACACUACUUGAUUCUGUGCUGUAUCACUUUUCGACCAGGUUGAUCUUUGAACAGGAUAUCGACGUCAUCUGUAGGUCGUUCCCCAGCCAGACGGUCGCCAAAUAUAUUGAGGCACUCGAUGCCGACCGCAAAGAAGGUCGACAGCAUGCUUCGAUCCUACCGGUUCUUGGAAAAACCCCGCCAGCUCUGUUCCUUCAGAUCUAUCAGAUCACGUGGCUCAGCCGACAACUGCCUUUCCAUCAUGGACAUAAUUAUACGCUUGCUCUACAGUGCUUGACUGAGGUCGAUCACCUCCAGGAGACGUGCGCUAUCUUCGAUACCAAGGACACUUUCGGGAGCCAACCUAACCACAGCACAAGGACGAGCGACUCCGCCGUUGCUGCGAAGCUGUACUUCCUGGCCACCCGUAUAUUCAUUAUGAAAGUACUCGAUCCGGAAGGCGUAUGCAGCGGUUCCUCCCAGAUCCAGGCUCUUUUGGCGGAAGGCCUCGAACUCCUCACGGUCUACGACGGAAGUGCUCCUUGUGGACAAUUCAUCUGCUGGCCAAUCCUCAUCCUGGGCUGUGCGGCUUGUCCUGUGACCACCUCGGAAACACAAAACAGCCUGUCGUAUACUCCAGAAGAGGCACUUCGAUCGGAAAUGCGGAGCUUGAUCCAAACCCAACUCCUACAGAUCUGGAAAGUAUCUUAUUCUGGCCAUGUGCGACGCAUAGCGGGCGCUCUUGAGAGGAUCUGGAAGCUUCCUCGAUCGCUGGCCAAACAUCCGGAAGAGCUUCUUGCUACCAAUCAUGAAGCGCAAUUCGAUGGACUCAAUACACUAAUUUCAAAGAAUGGGGUGGGACACCCGUGA